AUGAGUAAUUUAUCGGACAAUAUCAUUUCGAUUUUUGUUAAUAAACAAGUUCUUACUUUAAAAGAUUCUGAUAUAAAUCUUGCACUUAUUGCUCAAGGUAUUCAAUGUUAUAUAGAAGAAGUUCGUCAUCAUGUUCAAAUACUUAGUCCAACAUUAUUUCAAUUAUCAUUUAAUAAAGAUAAUACAAUGACAAUACAUGUCGAUCCACAAAUUGAUAUAUGUGAAGCAUUUCUUGCUGGUCAUUGUCAUAAUAUAGUAAAACAAUGUGAUAAACUUCAUAUAUGUCGUGAAUUUGAUCAUUGUAAAAUCCCAAAUUGUCGUUAUCCACAUAAUUUUACUCGUGGUCAAAAUCGAAAAAUUGUUCAACAAAUUAAUUGUGAAAAUAUUAAUUGUAUAUUACUUGUUAAAUUAAUAAGAAUGAAAAAAAUAUUUAAUCAUUCAGAAACUUCAUCAAAUACUCGAAAUAUAAAUAUUUCAAAUAAAAAUUUAAUAAAAAAAGAUGAUAUUAAUAAACAAAUUGAUAUAAGUUAUCCAUCAAAAAAUCUUACACAACAAAUUGAUAUGGAAAUAAUUGAAAUGACAUUAGAAGUUAAAAAUAUAAUAAUUGAAAAAAAAUUUCAAGAAAGUGAAAAUGAAUAUUUUCGUCGAGGAAAGAUUCAAUUAGAACAAAUUAAUGAUGUUGAAAAAUUACUUGCUUCACCAAUUCUUCCUAUUGAAAAUAUUGAUAUUAAAUUUAAACGUACGAAACAAAUUAUUGAUCGAACAAGUUUUUUAUUAAAAAUUUUAAUUAAUAAUCAACAAGAUAAAAUAGCUGAAAGUCGAAUUAAAUUAUAUAUUGCUUUACUUGUUGGGAAUCAUAUUUCAUAUACAGUUAUUGAUCUAUCAACAAUGAAUGAACAAAUUUGUCUUAUUCAAUGUAAUCAUAAUCUAGAUUUUGAUAAAAUUCGUCAACAACAUGAAUCAAAACCACAAUUACAAGGCAAAAAUAUAUCAUUAAUACAAAUAUAUGAAUGUGAUACUGUUAGUAUUUGUUAUAUUGAUGAACAUAAAAUUAUGAAAUAUGAUGAUAUUCGAAAUAUUAUACAAUCUGUUAGAAAAAAUGUUUUCACUUUUCAAUUAGUAAAUCAAUAUUAUGUAGAAGUUGAAUUUAUAAAUGUUGAUGCUUUUAAAGAGUGGAUGUCAAUUGUUGAAAAAUUCAAGGCAAAAUUUCAUAUUACAGUCACGCCAGUGAUUAACGAGGUCGAUGAUGAAAAUGAUGGAGAAGGUGUUCCAAGUUCAACAGAAAAUAUUCCAUUUACUAUUAAUAAACCUCAACCAGUUACAAUUAAACUUCGUCGUGAAUGGUCAAUGGUUGCUGCUCAUCCUAUAUUUAAAGUGGAAUUUAAAGAUUAUAUACAUAAUGAACUUGGUGGUGAAAUUGAAAUAAAUGGUGAUGAAGUAACUUAUAUAGGUAAUUUUCCACGUUUACAACGUUGUCCAAGCAAUGAAGCAAUUCUUGUUAAUAAAAUAAAUAAUUACAUGCAAAAAUUAAAAUAUCAAACACUUCAUGAUCUGAAACCACAUCAUCUUAAUAUUCUUCGAACUUAUUCAACUACUGUUGCAUUUAAUCGUAUUCAUAGAAAUGAUUAUAUGAUAGCAGCAAAACCACAUGAUUUAUUUGAAUUAAGAAAUAAACUUUUCCCCAAAACAAAUCAACAUUUCCAAACUGAUCGUGUAUAUGUAUCAAAAAAUCAUCCAUUUGAUGAUAGUCAUAGAUCACCAUCAACUCCUCUAUUAAAACAAGAGACAAUGGAAGAAUCUACUAGUUUUCCUCUUGUACCACCAAUCAGUCCUCCUUCUAUUUAUCCUGUUACAACAACAGAAGGUGUGAGUAUGUUUUCAAUAAAUACCUUUGAAGAUCGUUUACAACAACAUUUAAAAGAAACAUAUAAUGUAAAAGUAAUUAUUGAACGAAAUAUAAUUAAUGCUAAAACAAAAGGAGAAAAAAUCCAUAUUAUGAUUCAAUUAACUGGUCAAAUGAAUGAUGUUAGAAGUGCACUUAGUGAUUUAAUAAAUUUAUUUUCAUCAUUACGUACACGAAAAUUUGAUGAUAAAACUGAUGGAAAUUGGACAAAGAUUGACGAGGCAAUAGAUGUUAUACAACAUCAUUUUACAUUAAAUAAUUUUCUUUGUAUAUGUCAAAAAAUUUCAUCAACAUGUGUUAAUGUUAAUUAUUUUGAUCUAACAAAUCCUCAAUUUGGUAUUGAUGAACAAAAAAUUGAAGAUUUAAUUAAUAAUCAAUUUAGUUUAGCUACAAUAAUUUUUAAUCAACAAUCACCAUCAUCAAAAUUUACUAAAGAAUGGACAAAUUUAGAAGAAUUAAUUCGUAAACGAGAUGAUUUUAAAAAAGAUAUUUGUUUUUAUAAUGAAACUAAUACUUUAUAUUUAUUUGGUUUAACAAAAUUAGUUAAAGAAUUUCGUCAAAGAUUUGAACAAAUUAAAAAUAAAUAUGUUCCACAACCAUGUAAAAUUACUCUUUCAGAUAAACAGCUUAAUUUUCUAAGAUAUGUAGGCAAAAAUGAUCUAAAUAAACUUGAAAAACAAUAUAAAGUCGAUGGAUGUGAUUUAACAUUAUCUCGUCUUCAACAACAUGGUCAUUUUCUUGCACCACCUGAUUUACAUACAAAAAUCAAAGAAAGUCUUGAAGCAUUAGCACAGAUUACUGAAACUAAAUUUGAAAUUAAGAGUACUGCUUUUGAAAUAUUGAUUAACAACGAACCUGAACGUCUCUUAUCUCUUGUUAAAUCAAAAUGUUAUCUUGAAAAAAAAGUUCAAACACAUCAUUGUAAUAUUUCAGUACCAACAGCACAAAUAGUUGAUCUUGAAGAUAGACCACAACAAUCUCAAAAUGCUCAGAAAACAAAUUCAACAAGUAUUAAUAUCGGUAAAUCGACAAUUACGAUUGAAAUUGGAGAUUUAACAGCACAAGCAGUCGAUGUCAUCGUUAUCGGUUCUACAUCAGAAUUUCUUCGAAAUGCAAUUAUUACUAAAGCUGGUCCUCAAGUACAAGCUGAAUUUAAUGUAUUGAAUAAAAAUAGUCAAAAAGCAGGAGUAACAUCCAAUGGUACAUUACCAUGCAAAAAAAUUCUAUUCAUUCCAUCGAAAGUAGACUCAUCAAAUUCAUCUUUUUUACAAACAUCUCUUAGUGAAUUCGUUUCUACAGCAAUUACAUAUGUGUCCGAUAAUGGAUAUAAAACUCUUGCAUUUCCUAGUGUUGGUUGUGGAAAACUAGGUUUUGAUCCAUCUAUUAUUGCGAAAUAUAUGAUUGAUGAAACACAUGUACAAUUAAUAAAUAAUACAUCUAAUAUAGAUGUAUCAUUUAUACUUUUAUCAAGUCAACAAAAUGUCUAUGAUGCAUUUGUUAAACAUCUUAAUACUAUUCAAACACAUUCUAAAAAUCUUUCAAAACAAAAUCCAAAAAAUAAAACAAAUCAUCAUUCAAAGAUACCAUAUGAAGAAAAAAUUAUUGAAAUAACUUUGAUUAGUUCAAAUGUUAAUUAUUUAACUAAAUGUAAAAAUGAUAUCUUAGAAUUAUCUCAUUUAUAUUUAUUUAAAACUCGAUUAACUGAUAAACAUGAUAUGAUUGAUUGGUCACAAAAUACAAUUAAUCAGUAUUAUGAUUAUUGUUUAAAACAACAUGUUAUACCAACACUUGAUUUUGAUACACUUUCACUUGAAUUGAUCGGACCAAAAGAUGCGGUUCAUGAAGCAGAAAAAUGUUUUUAUGAAUUAACAACUGAAACACUUAAACAAGCACGUAUUCAUGCUGUAUCACGUGGUGUUAUUUGGUCAGUUGAAACAACACCAAAUUCAGAUACUUGGGAACAAUAUUCAUUUAAACUUAAUGGAGUUAUUGAAGAUGCUUAUUUGAAAAAACUUCCACAUAUUGAUUUUGUUAAUGAUAAACAAGAAAAAUAUCAAGUAGUUUUAUCGAAAAUGGAAGAACAUCAUGAAACUAAUAUACGACAUAUACGACGAAAAGUUGUUGAUUCAUUAUUACCAGAUACUUGGGAACCAUCAGAUCAAAAUUAUAAACGAGUUCCAUUACAAUCAUCAUCAAAAGAAUAUCAAGAUGUAUUACAAAAAUUUAAUACAACCAUGAAUAAUCAAUAUACACAAAUUAUUAAAAUAGAACGUAUUCAAAAUGAACGAUGGUACAAACAGUAUGCUGCUCAUCGUGAUGAAUACAAAAAACGUUAUGGUCAAUUAGAUGAACGAUUACUUUUCCAUGGUUGUCUUGAUACUUCAGCUAAUCAAAUUGUUCAAGAAUGUUUUAAUCGUUCAUUUGCUGGUGUCAAUGGUGUUGUAUACGGUUGUGGUGUAUAUUUUCAUUCGUAUGCAAAUUAUAGUCAUUCAUAUGCAAAACCGAGUAGCUUGGGAGAACGUACUAUGUUCUUAGCACGUGUUCUCAUCGGAAGAACCUGUCAAGGUAAUCCAUCAAUGAAAGUGCCACCAGCAGGUUAUGACACAACUACAGAUGGACAAAAUAUUUUUGUUGUAUAUCAUGAUGCUGGUGCUUAUGCUGAUCAUCUUAUCACGUACAAAUAA